AUGACCAACAUUGCUAAUAAAAACAAUCCCAAUAAUCGAGCGCAUUACAACAACGAUCAAGAAUAUCAAAUGAAAAAGAAAGCCAUCAAGAAGCGUACAAACUCAAAGAAUCCCAAUCAUUCAAGUUCGAUCGAACAUUUGAAAAAUUCAUUUCUCGAAGGAAAUUCUAUAGAGUCCUUCCAACAGGUCAUUGAACAAGCAAUGACAAUGAAAAUGGCUCUCAAUUAUCAUUCAAAUCUUCAUAACCCAACCAAUGCUUUGUAUUAUUAUUCUUCUGGAAUGACCAAUAAGGAAGGUUCCAAUAACUCCUCCAAUAAUUUGUAUUUGUUGAAAAAGGAAGAACGUCGAAGAAGAUGUAAUGAACGAAAUCCCAAUAAUCAAUCUUUCCAGAAACAAACGACGACAACAACAACAACUUCUAUAAAAAGCAACCACUAA